AUGGACGCAACCCAAACCUACAUUCAAAACGCGGGAGCUCCAAAAGCGGGCGCUGAGUCAGCUUUUUUCGAUUUUGUCGAUGCCACUGAAAAUAAUUACAACAAAUCAAUGAAAUCCUUGGGUGUGUACAUCGAACAAAACAACAACGAAAACGACGUCAAACCGCCUCAUAAUAAUGUCAAAGAUUGCGGAAUGAACAACAAUAUUAAUUUUGAAAAUUCAAUUUUUUGGAACGAUAAGGAAAGUAUUAAAAUAGAAACCGGAAUACUCGAUGAUAUAAACACGUGGAACGAUUGGGGGGAAAGUAAAAACGUUCAAGAACAAAAUACCGAUGGUGCUGUGUAUACUCUAACGGUUCUCAAUUCGAAUGACAAUUGGUACAAGGCUCCGGAAAAGGUGAAAAAACCGGAUAAUUUAGACAUCGAUUCCUUUUUAAACAUCAUUCCAGAAACGGAAACGAACGAACAACACAAUUAUUAUUAUCAGGAAUACCCUCAACAACAACAACCGCAGCACAACGGAUUCAACGAAGCAAAAGAUGUUCCUAUGAGUCCCGUCGUGAAUAACAACGACUGGAAAGCGACAAACAACAACGUCAACGAUUCACUUUUACGUAACGCUUUACAGGGAAAAGGAAGCUUUCAAAAAAAUUACCCGAUGUGUAAGAAAACCGUUCGCGAGGACAACAGCGUUCAAUACGUGGAAUCAUCGCAACUCAUGAUGAAUCCGCAGUCGUAUCCUAUCGAGGAAAACAGUACAAAUAAUAUUGAUGAAAUAUUAGGUCUCUCAACGAUGGAAGCAUUCAACGACGAUUACGAAAAAAUAAAAAAAAUCGCGAACGAAGUCGCAGACUGUGCCAAGUUUUCAAUGAACGAACUACCCAUGUGCAGUAACGACAUGUUCAUGAUGCCCGGUAAUAACGUAGAUAAUUUAUUAAUGGACAACAGGGUGAAUCACAUACAAAACAAUACAAUAACACAAGGGAAGUGCGUUAAUAAAAAAUACAAUAAAAAAAAUGUGAGCAAUGUGAACGUGAAACCGAACAGCAACGGAGCCAGAAAAGAACGGUCUCUUCACUAUUGCUCAAUAUGUUCGAAAGGUUUCAAAGACAAAUAUUCGGUCAACGUUCACGUGAGAACUCAUACGGGAGAAAAACCGUUCACGUGUAAUCUUUGCGGUAAAAGCUUUCGUCAAAAAGCUCAUUUGGCGAAACAUUAUCAAACGCAUUUAGCACAAUCGCAAAAACACAUAGGCAACGGUAGUAAUAAUAGUAAUAGUAGUAACAGUAGCGGAAGUAGUACGUCACAUUCAAAAUCAAGGUCUCACAAAGUUUUGCCUCCGGAACAACAUCGGUAG